AUGAUUUCUUUAAUUAAUUUCAAUCCUGCAGACAAGAAUUGCAUUAUUGAUAGUCCUAGGUCAAUUCAGGUCAUUAGACAAAGAGGAAUAGUUUUAAAUGAGUUAUUUUGCAUCAAUAAAGAGUAACUCUAAGCAAUGGCAAAAAAGGAGAAAUCAUUAACAAAUGAGAAUUUAGAUGAUUUUCAUAAACACUUUGAAUAUAGAAGACAAUAAAAAGUCUAUGCAUUAAUAAAGGACAGAGAGGCCUUGAUAGAAAAAGAAAAAAGAGGUAAGAUUGAAUAAAGUGCUUGCAGUUUGAAACUGCUCAGACCAGCAAGUAGUACAACUACUUCAAAAUUUAUGGAUCAAGUUCAAAAGAGAAAAUAGAUGGAGGAACUAAGACAAAGGCAUUUACAAGAGAUGAUGUUAAAGCGAGAGGAAUAGACCUAAGUAAGGGAAGAGAAGAUGUAAUUAUAUGAAGAAAAGAGAAAAAGGAUGUAGGAGGAGAGAUAACAAGAGUUUUAAGAGAAAUAAGAAAAUAUUGCCAAAUAAAAAAGAUAAAAAGAAUUAGAGGAAUAAAAAAAAAAUAAAUAAUUGUAAUAAGUCUAUUUUGAAAGAGAACAAGAACGUAAAAUGCAAUUAGAGUUUGAGGAACAAUAAAGAAAAGAAUAAGCAGCCCUUAGAGAUUCAUAACAGAGAGAACUGAAAUAAUAAUUAGAAAAAGAAAAAAAAAUGAAAGAUAAAUAGAAGGAAUAAGAAUACUUGAUUAGAAAAUAGGAAGAGGAAGACUAAGAACUUAAAAGAUAAAUGUUCUUUUAAUAGUAAUAAGAAUCAAAAAAGUAAGUUGCUUAAAAAAGAGCUUUGUCUGCUAAGGAAAGGUAAAGAGAUGCUUAAAAGAGUUAAAUUGAUGGUUUGAAGAAAUUAAGAGAGGACUUUUUAAAAAAAGAAGAAAAAAUUGCUGAGAAGUAAUAUAAAUUUUAAGAAUUAUAAAAAGAAAGGUAAUUAUCGAUUGAAGAGAAAAACAGAAUAAAAAAUGAAAAAAUUAAACAUACAGCUAAACUAAAAGAGCAUGAACAACAAGAAGUAAGAAGAGAAUUUAUGGAAAAGGAGAUGGAUAUUUAACUAAGAUUAUAAUAGAGAAGCCAAUCAAAUCCUAAGGAAUAAUACAUGUAAGAAGAAGCAGAUAGGAGGGCUAAACAUAGAGAAAAAGUUAAGAAAAUGAAUAUGUUAUAAUUAGAAGAGAAAAGAAAAGUGUAUUUACAAAAAAUUUAAGAAUAAGAUGAAAAGAUUGAAAAAGUAAAAAAUGAAUAAGAGGUUAUGUUCUAAGAAUAGGCAUAUAUGAAGUUAAAGAAAAAAUUAGAUUAACAAGAGGCAAUCAAACAUUAAAAGUAAUUGGAAGAAUACAAAAGAGAGCAAAUUAGAGAAAAAUUAAAGUAAGUGGAUUUGAGAAUGGAUUAAAAGAAGGAAGAGCAAAGAGAAGUAGAUAGGUUAAGAGACCAAGCAAACAGAGUCGAGAUGAUGGGAAAAAAAUAAUGA